GAGCGAAAGGGUGACGUCCUCAUGGCAUCGUCGUAUGAGUUCUGUCAUUUAACUUCCCUCGAGUUCAUUGAUCGUGCGCUCGUAUCUUUAUUUAGCGAUGAGUCGAGUGCCUGUUUUAAAGUCUGACCUGUUUUGGCCUUGGCCACUUUCACGUUAGCGUUAGAAGCAAGGCUAAGUUAUUGCAGAGGUGGCGCCAACGUUAAUCGUGCAGUGCAGUGCAUUGCGUUCACUCUCAGUUAGAUCUGAAAAUCCCCUCAGUAUAGUGGUAACUAUUAGCGCUACUGAUGACGCAGUGCAAAAAUGUAAGCAGUUAAAGUACUUCUGUAUUCGCUGAGUUGGGUGGGUCACGGUGAGCGCGUUUCUCGCUGGGUAGGUUUUUGUGACAGAUAAAGUUCUCUUGGCAAUGUAUUCAAACUAGCACAAUUUCAUGCAGAAGUCUAUACUGAGGUGGAGUGGCUUAGUGCAACAAUUUUCGGUACUGAAAAUACCGUGAAGUGCUACUGAAACUGUCCUAGCAUCUUAAGGAACAUCGCACUUUCGUUUCAUAGUAUAACAUUAUAUUACGAUGGCAGCUGAUAUAAUCUGCUCGAAUCUGAGUACGGAUCGCUCACAGCUGAUUGAACUGUAUCUUAAAAAUCGGAGUUCGUGCUCGAUGUUAACGAAAAUGGAUACCCAAUGCUACAGACUCGUCGAGGUCGAUACGCCACUAUCCCCCCAAAGAGAUCUGGUCGCCAGUUUCAAUGACGUCGAAAGCAUGCGCAUUAAGGCAAAUGGGCCGGGAUCAGCCCCUGAUGCUAUUAGCUCUGGCGCCAGUUCGACGCAGCCAAAAGCAUCAGCAGAAGCGCCUGCAGCAACAGCGCCGCCGACCCUGCCAAUGUUUUGGUCCUUUACUGAACCAUCCGAGUUCCUCAAGCGUCACCCGACAGGGCAAAACUCGCGCACUCUGCCCGAUUUGAAGGUUGGUCUGAAACCUAAACGACGCCGAAGACUUCCUGAAAUACCGAAGAAUCGAAAACCAUUGCAAGGACUGAGUCUUGCGGAAGAGUUUCAGGCGAUUGACUCAAACUUACUCGUCACACCAUUUUCCUCGCAACUUUAUUUGGAAAUUGACACGUCAGGACAAGAGCCUCGGUCAACGUUUCGGUACUACUCAAACACUAUGACAGAAAAAUCUUCAGUCCGGGAAGGCCAUACGAACUGUGGGAGCGAAGAAUAUAGGUCGUCUCAGCAGAACAGUGAUCAGCAAACAUCACGAAAUAUUGACGUCGGAGAUGUCGUAAAGCAGCCUUCAGGAAACUCUGUCGCUUUGGAGAACUGCAGAAACCUUUCUAAAAUAUUGGUAGACCCCGAACCUGAAAAAGACAGUGGGCACUCCAGCUCCUCAUUGUCGUCACCAUGCAGCGCCCUCUGUGGGCCGCUUGCGCGGCUUUGCAUAGCAGACGCUACCCAUCGCGGAAUUCAUCGAUUUGUACCGAGACAUGGAGAUGAGCUGGCUAUCGACUUAGGGGAUCCAAUUUAUGUCAUAAGAGAAUGUUCUAUCGAAGACAGUUGGUGCGAAGGAAUAAAUUUGGCUACAGGACGAAAAGGCGUGUUCCCGCACGCUUACAUCACCGAUGUUGACUACUCUGAGUUCAGUCAAGACAGCAGAUUGGUUUUGCGGCGCGAACGUUUCCUGCUUCAUUUUCUUGGUAGCGUCGAAGUUUCCAACCAUCGAGGAAACAACAUUUUGUGUCAGGCAAUUCGAAAGUUGAUUCGUGAGGGUAACAGGGCUCAACUAAGGGCUCGUAUCGAAAACAAGUUGUCAACAAAAUAUGUGAAAGAAGUGGGGUCCGCGUUGGAAGUCGAUUCUGAACAAUCUGGCAUAACACAGGCUGAAAUCGAGGCUGAAAUUAAAGCACGAGAAGGUGUGGAGAGCUCAAAGUCGGAAAGCUGGUCUAACUCUAUUGAGCAGGUGCUUGGGCAUUCGUGUGUAUUGGAGAUCUCCGAGGAAGGUUUAAGAAUAGUUGAUCGACGAACGAAUCAGCAAGACUAUUUCUUCACUUUGAAGAACGUCACUUUCUGCGGAUACCAUCCCACCGAUCACCGCUAUCUGGGAUUUAUCUCGAAACAUCCGUUAUUGUACCGUUUCGCGUGCCAUGUUUUCUUCGCGGAGGACACUGCUCACGAUGUCGCUACCUCAGUCAGAGCUGCGUUUGAGCGCUUCUAUCGCCGAUUUAUGGACGUCACAUUUCCUACCGAGGAUAUCUACAUUGACGAUCCAGCUGUAUGAACAGCAUCCACAACAAUAAAUAAGAAAACUAUUUUUAGCAACGAGGUCCAAAUUUGGUAACAUUUUAACGUUUGUACCGAACUUAACGAACAACUUAACUUUAACAAAAAAGAUGUUAAAGUGCUUAAUAAUACAUAGUAGAGACUGCACGUAGAUCCUCUGUAUACGACAGAGAAGACUGUCAAAACUAUAUCGUAUAACAAACGAACCCUGUGAACGCAUCGCUCAUCAUCAAAUAGGGGCCGUUGUGUCCAUAAAGCCAUCAGCUGAGCGCAUCUAGACAACGUCCCAGAAUUAACUACACAGCUUUUGAGCGUUAGCGACAAUUUAAAUAACGGCAAGGGCCACUCUAAAAGUACAUAUUAGGCUAUCCAAACAUAUUGCUUUUUGCCAAAUGGCUCUGCAGGUAGAGAGUGAUUUUGUACUAUGGACUUUGAAUCUCACCGAAAUACCGUAUAGGUUCGGGUGCUCACGAUGGAACUAAAGUCUUAAAGCACCCUUGUCUAAACAUCUACAUACAACGGUCGCUAUAGUAAGUUGUCAUUCUUAGCUAGUACUAAUUUAGGUCCCUUUUGUAUACUGUAACCUCGACUCUGCUAGGCCGCGCUAAAAGGAUUUAGGAAUGGGAGGACCAGUAAAAAAAGGUACGAAACCUCUAUCUCCAAACCCACUUUUUGCCAUUCUGGUCCAGAUAUCCUAAAUACCCUACGGCGUUGGUAAACACAGCCACGGUCGAGACGAUUGCGUCCAGUUCGUAUUUUGUAGAGUUGGUCGUUAAUUUCUUACUGAAUAUUAUACGUUGCAUAUUACGCCGUGGUCAGCUUGUUGUAAUAAAUACGUCGCCGAAGAUCAAAUGGAACAACGUAUGUAAAAAAACAACAAUACAUGGAGGUAUGUAUACUGCGAUGAAGAAGGCCGGGUCCUGCAGCAUUUUCUAUAUUAUACAUUCGCUAGAAUGGCACCACAGGAACGCUGCUGUUUAUCAAUCCAACAGAAUUGUUGUACCUACUUUAAAAUGAAUCGUGCCGAAUACGUUGUUAGAAACGUAAAUCUUUUUUUGGAAGACAAAUGUGUGUAAAUGUAAAGAACGUAAAUGCGUUUAUGUAUAUUAUAUCGAGAGGGCGCGUAACAUUGCGCCACCUUUCAAUUAGUUAUUUUUUGCUCUAUUAAAAACGAUGAUCAUGUGGCUCAGAACUCCAUUACGAAAAUAUUGCCGUAUUUUUAGCCAGUUGUUAUAGCUGGGAUAAGUGACGUAAAAUCUCGCACCCUUGUGGCAAUUUCGCGCAGCUUACUUUCCAUGACUAAUUUCACUGAUCUAAGGGGUGUUUUGGUAACUGAUGAGCUAAACAUACAUUAUUAUUGGUCAGCUUUGAAAUUAUGUUUAACACAAUCACUCAGUAAUUUUUUGCAAGAAAGUCCGCUAUUUAGGCUUACGGUCGCCAUAAUCACACUGAGUUAGGCGUAUAAUCACCAGCCAGAACAUAAACAUUUCUCAAGGGUCAGCUGACGCUCGCCAAAAUAGGCAAAUUCAAAAAAAUUCAAAAUUAAACACCGCAGGACACAUUAAGGCAAUCGUUUUUCGCACACACACCUUCGUCCCCAUUCUUUAACACAAGGGAAGACUUUAAUGAUUAUAUAUUUUAGUGGUGCUAGAGUAUAUUUAGACAUAUUUCUAUAAUAUAUAGUGAAACAUUUUGUUUUUCUUGACCAGAAACCAAAAUCACAACUUCGCUAGCUUAAAGUUGCGCACCCUGACGCCACCUGCCACAUUGAGCUGUCCAUAGUGCAGUGGUAUAUAUAUCAGCGGUGCGGUAGCGCUGGACUUCUAUGUCAACAAGUGAGAAUCAAGCAGCGUAGUAAUAGAGAAAAUCGACAGUUUUGAUCUUCAGCUUCUUCUGUGAACGAAGAGUAGAAAGAAGAUUAGGCAAAUUACUAUAAAAUAUCAUGGUGCCCGUAAUCCAUUAAUCCAACUAGAAAUGCAA